AUGCGACGUGCACACUGUACUUAUGCGCUGGAUCUCUGGCACCAAGCAACUAUUCUAUUUGCAGGAGUCACAAUGGGUAUAAGCCGCAGCUUCAUUCUAACCUUAGGAACGGGAAUGUUCUGCGGUUUCUUCUCCUUCUAUCUCUUAAACAGCACUGUAACUGUGCACCCUCGCUACAUAGAGGGCAUUAGUCCUCCUCAGAGCAUAGACAACCAUGCACACAGUCAUGAUGAAAUGGAGAAUGCUGCUGGGCCACUGGGAGAUGUGGCAAUGCACUCCAGCCAUGAAGUUCACCAUGCAGAUAAAUCUAUCUUUGAUGUAAAAACAGACAAGGAGCUUGGAGCUGUGGCACUAAAAGUUGGUGAAGGACGUGAUCACUUGUGGGAAAAAACGAAGGCUGCCUUCAUCUAUAUUUACAAUAACCAUUAUAAUGAUGCUGACUGGUUCUUGAAGGCUGAUGAUGACACGUACGUUAUUGUAGAAAAUCUUCGCUAUAUGCUGAGCUCUUAUGAUGCCAGUCAUCCUAUAUGGUUUGGAUGCCGCUUCAAGAAAUAUGUUCGACAAGGAUAUAUGAGUGGAGCAUUCCUAAAUCAAAUGGCACCGAUUACUAGGUUCAUCGAUAAAUUUGUGCCAAUACUCCAUGCCCAACAGGAAUACAUGAGUGGAGGUGCUGGCUAUGUGUUAAGCCGGGAAGCCUUGAAGAAAUUUGUUGAGGAAGCAAUACCCAAUCCGAAGAAGUGUCGACAAGACCAUGCCGGAGCAGAAGAUGUUGAAAUAGGUAAAUGUAUGCAGAAUGUAGGGGUUCACGCAGGAGACUCAAGAGAUAGUUUGGGACGUGGUCGUUUCUUCCCUUUUGUUCCUGAACAUCAUCUGGUUCCUGGUCAUAUUGGUCCUAAAAACUGGUACUGGGACUGGAUAUAUUAUCCAUCUAAAGUUGGUUUAGAAUGUUGCUCAGACACAGCAGUUUCUUUUCAUUAUGUACCACCAAACAAAAUGUAUGAACUGGAAUAUUUUCUCUACCAUCUACGGCCAUAUGGAAUCAAUCACUUGGAUCCUUUCCCACCACCACUUCCACCUGACACCAAGAGCAUCCCUCAAGAGGUUAUAGAAAAGUACAAAAAGGUCACUGCAAGUACUAAGCCACUUUCACCUACUCCACUUGAGGACAUACAGCAUCUAGGACAAGAAAAGCAAGGAGGGACAGAGCAGCAACAGUCUGAUAAAAUUUACACUAAUUUAGAGAAAAAGGAGAAAUCAGAAUUAGUGUAAUAUUAUUGGUUGUUUGUAUAUAUACCAUAUUAUUCUUUCUGUGAGUUUUUAAUGUAUUAUAAUUGUACAUUUUUCUAGGUAGUAGGUUGGUAGACAGCAGCUGCCCAGGGAGGUACUACCGUCCUGCCAAGUGAGUGUAAAACGGAAACCUGUAAUUGUUUUACAUGGUAGGAUUGCUGGUGUCCAUUUUUCUGUCUCAUAAACAUGCAAGGUUUCAGGUACGUCUUGCUACUUCUACUUACACUUAGGUCACACUACACAUACAUGUACAAGCAUAUAUGUAUAUACACACCCCUCUGGGUUUUCUCCCAUUUUUCUUACUAGUUCUUGUUCUUGUUUAUUUCCCCUUACCUCCAUGGGGAAGUGGAACAGAAUUCUUCCUCCGUAAGCCAUGCGUGUUGUAAGAGGCGACUAAAAUUCCGGGAGCAAGGGGCUCGUAACCUCUUCUCCUGUAUAUAUUACUAAAUGUAAUAUGUCCCACCUCGGUGGGAUACGGCCGGUGUGUUGAAAGAAGAAAGAAGAAUUGUACAUUUUGAUGAGCAGUAUCUGCUCUUUGAUAUACUUCAGAUUUAGUUGAAUUUGCAUCUAAGAUGCAAAGUUACAAUUAUAUUUUAGUGCUAUUCAAAUAUGUACCUAACAUUUAUUUAAUUUAUCCUUUCAUAUUGCUGAUGUGAAGUAUUGCCAUUAAGAAUAUUUUAAAUAAAAAAGAUCUUCAUUAGGAAUUACAUAUAUCUUUAGUUAUGCAAAACAAACAAUGAAACUUUGUGACAGAUUUUUGUAAAGAUAGUUAAAUUACAUUUAGGUACAGUAGACCAUUAUAUUACACGGUAGUUACAUUCCUGAAAACGCUGUGUUGGGUAAAUCCGUGUUAGAUAAGCUGAAGAACUUAUGGGAAAAAUAGUGUUACAUUCCUGGGAGCCCCCAAAAAAGCCAGACAAUUUUUUUUUUUUAGACUCCAGAUCGUACAAAAAUAAAAGUGAAUAUGUAAUUGUUGUUCAUUGUCAUGAUGUAUUAUGUUUUUUACUGCUUAAGACUACAAUUGCAGCAGAAAUAAUAGUAUUUCUUACCUUAAAUUGUGGAUGCUUGUGUUUGUUGAUGAUUGUGAAGAAAGUGAAGAGUUAUGCUGUGGCCCUACUGGGCUGAGGUGGAUGGUAGAGGUUCUGGUACUGAAGCUGAUGGUUGCACUGGAGUGUGCACAAAUUCUGUAAUUGAUUUCUGGGUUAUUUUAUCCUGCAGUACAUUAUACAGCUGAUAGUAAGAUAUCAGCUGCUCUAGACACUGUUUCAGAGCAUUGCUUCUAGAUUUGUCAGGGUCCUCUUCAGUGAAAAAGACUAAGUCAAGUCAGUCAAGUAGGUCAGUAAGUCAGGUGAGUCUGUCAGUCAGUCAAGUAAGUCAUUCCAGUCAGUACUUCAGUCAAGUCAAUAAGUCAGUCAGUCAAGUAAGUCAUUCCAGUCAGUACAUCAGUCAAGUAAGUCUUUUAGCAAGCCAGUCAAGUCAGUUAGUAAGUCAGUAAGUCAGUAAAUGAGAUGACAUUCUGGGUUAUUCAUUACACAAACUCAUAUAUUUAUCUCAUUCUUUUAAAUUUUGCAAACAGAUACUUCAUUAAGGCCACAAGCUCUUGCUGUAUCCACCACACGUGAGCCACUCUUAUGCUUGUCUAAUAUAUUGGUUUUCUUCCUAACUCCAAGACUUUAAUGCUUAAACUUUUUCUUGCCACUUUCAGCAAUACUGUAUGCCUACUGGGUGCCAUGAUUGCUUGACAGAUACAAGAUAUGGCAAUUAAAAAAUCGAAACACAAUUCACAAACACAGCUAGCUCCUAGGAGAGAAUUGUACUAGACAUGUAUGCACAAAAGGCUGGGACGGGGGUGCCGGGGUAUUGGGGGUGGCAGGGGUGUUGGGGUGGCAGGGGUGUUGGGGUGGCAGGGGAUGGCAGUAGGUCUCCCCCACUGACACAGUAGUCUGACCCACAGCCAGGUGGCAGCCUGAGCUAGGAGAAUAUCCCAUGGGUGAUGCUCCAAAUUUUUUCCCCCACUUGCAAAUGGAACCAUGUUAAGUAAAUUUUACAAAGUGUUGUAUAAAAUUAUGCCACAAUUUUUCAAGUGUAAUAAUAAAAAUAUGGCAAAUAAAUGUGUGAUAUAACAGUCUACUGUAAAUCAAAAGAAACAAUAAAUUGAAUAUGUAUUUUUGGUAUAUUUUUGUAAAACUAGUCAAAGUACCCUGUGUAUUUACUUUCCAUUAUAGAAAAUUUUAAACAUUUGAAAUAGAAAUUUUUUAUUUUUUAGCUGCUUUAUUUUUCUUUACUAAAGAUAUUUUGCUUAGAAAAACUUUAGUACUUACAGUUGAGAAGUUCAAAUCUAUAUACAAUAUACUAUUUAUUUAUUUAUGUAUCAGCUUAUUCUCAAGGCUGUUUCCAAACAUUAAGAAGUAGGUCACACAAAAUCUAUAAAAAUUUUACUUUUCUUCUCUACUUUCUAAAAGCUUAUAUACUCACAAAAUCUUUGUGUGUCAGUCAUAUUUCCUUAGCAAUAGAGAUUUUGUUUGUUAUUGCCUAAUUGUUAAAUGUUAAACAAUUUUAUUGUAAAUGCCCAUAUAACAUUUACACCAUUGGAUAACAAUCAUAUCGAUAAUUUUGUAUGGCUCUUCUCUUUAUAGAAAGUCUACUUAACUGGCUUGAAUUUUGUCAUUUUUAGUGCUGUACAAUUUUUUGGCUCACAUAUAAAACUUGUAUGGUAAACUUACCCUUUAAAUUUAUGUUGCAUAA